UUCAACCUCAUCAGGUCCACAGAUGGAUGGAUAUCUCUCUGUUAUGAAGCCGCGAAUGGCCUGCGAUGAGACGAUUCGAGUGUCCAACUCCUUCAGCGCUUCAUUAACCAACACCAUCGUGGGUGGAUGAAGAGGAGUUUUUCGUGCCACAGCAUGUGCUUUGCUGGAUUCUAACAAUGAAAUUGACAAAUGUAUCAACCGUAAUCUAACCAAAACUGCUGCUUUUUCUUUGGUGGCAUGAUCAAACGGUUAAUAUCAAAGUUAGGCUAUAUAAAAACGUUAGUUAAAAACAGCAACUGCAUUCUCAGCCAACACACGUUCAAUGUUUAUGCACUUCAAGCAAACCACGCGGUUUAUCUGAACGGGCGCUGAAAUGUAGGUACCAGUCAGAGCGUUAAAGGUAAACUGAUCAGUCCGAGUAGUGUGAACUCGCUUUUUCUUCUCUCCUCCGGUCCUUCCUUCAAUCCUUUCCUUUACUGCGCUUAUCAGUUUACCGUCAGUCACUGCUUUGUCAUAUUAUUAAACGUGACUCACCAAACAUAAAUUAAAUAUGAAAACCCUUUCAGGGUUUUUGUAGUUAAACAUUGUGCAGCUGUUAAAAACUUAAAACAAAAAGUCGAAGAUAAAUAUUUUUCUCCGAAAGACAAGUUAGUUUGUUGGUUUUAGAAAUUCAAUUGCCUGCAAUAAUGAUACACAAUACAUUUGGUUGAAGACAGGUAGCUUUUGAACCUAAAAAUAAUUACCAAUAAAUUAUUCUGAAUGUUUAGCCUCCUUGCAACGUGACCAUUUUCCAUUAUUAGCCCAUAGUUGUCAUAUGAGACAUCUGUGGUUUUCCUGUGAACAAGCUCCACAUCUGCUUUUCUAUUGAAACAUUUCAUCUUUGUCCCAGUCACUGCCACCAUCUUCUGUGAAGUCAGACUAACAGUAUGUAUGUAGCUGUCUAAAAAAUGACAUUGUUCAUCCCUGAUAUGGCUGGUCAUCUGUUUUUGCUCAUCCUCCUUUUCGAUACCUUCCAGUACCUCAAAGCCAAAGACCCUCCUCAGCCCAGUCUAACAGUGAUUCCUGCAGUCAUCAAAGAGAGAGACUCAGUUCAGCUGAACUGUCAGACUUCUCCACCUGUCUCUGAGUGUUACUUCAAAAUAGAGGGGAAUGUAGAAUUCACCCUUCCAUCACCCUGUCAACAGACACUCACAGGAACACUACUGGUGAGGUGGACAGGUCAGAGUUCCCCAGCUGAGGUCAAAAUCCAAUGUCAGUACAGUGCUAAAGGUUCACAGUUCAGAUCCAUAUACAGUGAACCUUCAACAGUCACAAUUCAGGACCUUCCUCAGCUGACAGUGAGUUCUACAGUCAUCAGAGAGACAGAAUCAGUUCAGCUGAGUUGUGAGACUCCUCCAUCUCUCCAUGUGUCUCACUGUUACUUCUACAUAGGGGGGAGGAAGAAUCUUCCAGACUCAUCCUGUAGUCAGACACUCACAGGAACAGAGCUGCUCAAAAGGGCAGAUCAAACGUUUCCAGAUGUGGUCAAAGUGACGUGUUACUAUGCUGUAUGGAAGUCUCACACAUCUCCUUUUAGUGACCCUGUCUCAGUCACUGUUCAGGAUCCAAAACCAGACAUUACAGUCAAUAUUUAUGAGGACUUCAACAUCAUCUGUUUGAUUCCUGGAUCCGUCAGUCCUGACACCACCUGUAACCUGUAUGUUGGAGAGGAGAGUCAGCUAUCCUUCACAGCAAAGAUCAUGAAGAGAAAAGCCAUCUCAGCAUCCGGACAGCAGUUCUGUCAAUUCACUCCAAAACAUAGUGAUCUGAUCAGUCGUCUACAGUCAGUGAGGCGGAAGGAGGUGAGCUGUGACUACAGAUUGAGCUCAGGACCAAACUCUCUCUCUCCACGCAGUGAUGGGCACAGCUUUACAGAUCUGGUGGGAGUUCACAUCAGUGAUCCAACAACUAUACAGACACCUUCUAUUGCAGUGGGUUUGACUCCAGGUCCUUUGUCUACUUUGCCUCCCAGCAUGACAGCGAGUCCUACAGAAGGUUUGACCUCUCCUUUGACCCCCAGUACAGCAGUGAAUCCUACAUCAGGAGAAAGCUCCACAGAAAGCGUUCUGGCAGUUUCGACUGUUACUUCUACUUUGACCCCUGACAUCACAGUGAGACCAACUACAAUGCAGUGUUUUAAAGGUUUGACCUCUCCUUUGGCCCCCAGCACAGCAGUGAAUCCUACAUCAGAGGUGCAAUUAUGGCAGACAGCAGUGUGUAUGGCUUCUGGAGUGGGUGUGUUCUUAAUGGGAUUGACAGCUGUCUAUCUCUGCAGGAGGACCAAGAAAACCAAUUCUCAGAGACCUACAGCCAGACAGGAUGAUCACAGCCAAUGUGAUUUGGUGAUGGGAGCUAUGAGCAGUGCAGGCAUGUUGGAUUCAAGAGAUGCUGGGAUCUAUUCUCUCAUCACUUCUGUACCGUCCACGUUUUUGCCCUCAGGUCCUUUUGAAGAAAAUGGAAAGUCAUCUGAAAACGACAAUUCUGAUAUGUACCAUGUAUACAGCUCAAUCCCCGACAGACCAGCAACCUCAGCCCAGCCGGAUGGGUUGUACAGUCUUCUACAGACACACUGAAACUACACCACUGGCUCUCUGUAUGUCUCACAGAAAUAUUGUUUCUUUCAGGAUGUCCUUUAUUUAUCACACAUCAUGUUACUGUAAAUAGGUAUCUAAAACAUCUACUGCAGUGCCGUUUCUAUUUACAAGUAACAUUCAGUAAGCAGCCGUUAGAGGCCCCUCCCCCCUCCAAAAACAACCUUAGGAUAGUAGAAUACACAACGUGCAGUUUCGAAAUGUCAGAAACAUCAGAAGUUUAUCUCUUGUUAAUUGAGUGACUGUCACUGACAGUCACUCAAUUAUCCCAUGUCAGCUAAGAUUUUAUAGAUUGCUAGGCAAGUUAGUCUAGCCAGCUAUCUAAGUCUUGUAGUAAUGGUCCAAUUACUGCCCAGGGGCCCUGACUUCCACGAGGCCCCCAAUAAUUUUGUUAGUCACUCUCACUCAGAUAUCAAAUGAACAUGGCAUAAGUCAUGGCAAAAUGUGUGGAAUUGCACAACGUGUUGAAUUUCAGGAAAUUUGCUUAAUAACUGCAAAGAUCUCUCUGCCCCAUGGCAAAAUUAGUAGAAUUGCAGGACAUAAACUUUAAAGCUCCAAAUGUUUCUCUUUGCUGCCAUGAGCGGGGCCACUAAAAUGUUUUAUCGGUGAGGUGGGCAAAUCUCGCUUAGGGCCCCCAAAAUGAUUGGAACUGCCGUAAUUUCCUGUAUCACACAUUGACACCUGGCCUGGAUUUUGGAGCGGUCCGGGACAUACUCCCCUUUAAAUAUUUUUUAAGUAAAUGCCCAAGUAAAUAUAUACUGUUUUUAUAUAUAUUCUGUCAUCUGUGUGAUGUCUCCUUCCAUAACGGUUUGAUACAGUUUACAAAAUAAAAUAUAUUUGUGAUCAAAAUCGAUAGAUACAGACAAUUAAAAAUCAAUAAAUAUAUAACAUAUUCACACAAUGCAAAAAAACAGGUAAAUAGGAAAUUAAGAUAAUUUAAGUCAUUAUGAUCCAAAGUGGUAUUGCUAAGACAUUUUUCUUGGUGAAAUUCAUAUUGUGUUGAAAUAUGCUUAUAAUAUAAACCAGAUGCACCCAAGAAAUCUGGGGAAAAAGUCUCAUUUUAUUUGAACAAUUUUUGCAGCAAAGGUUAGCAAAUCCCAAAAGCCUGAUCUUAUAGCAAAAGUAUUGAUAUUGAUAUUGCCCACAUACGUUGUUACAAGCUACAAAAUAUAACAUUUCGGUUUUAAAAAUGUUUACAUUGUUGGCAACAUCAGAUCAUCAAAACUGAAAAAUAUAGAUUUCCAAAUGCAAUUCAAAUCUCCAAAUUUCUCCAUAUUCACAUGUUAACUUGUUGUUUUCCAAAUUCCCAGUUGAAUUUCAACUUACUCAGCACCUCAGUCGCAAUGUACAGUGUUGUAGACACAUUUUAGCCUUGAAGUCCAAUGACUGCGGAGUGGUUUAGAUGUAAAUGGUAAGAGAACACAACUUCAUUACAUUUUUUUCCAGUUAAUAUGAGCUUACAUUCUGUUUCGAUGCACACUCGAGCCUCGCGGUCAGGGUGGUCGAUUAUGCUAUGGGGGAUGGCUUUGUUUGUUGAAAAGGGGUGGCUCCCCCCUCACCUCCCAUAUACACUGUACACACUGUACAUAGAUCUUUCUAUUGUGUUAUUGACUGUAUGUUUGUUUAUGUGUAACUCUGUGUUGUAGUUUUUGUUGCACUGCUUUGCUUUAUCUUGGCCAGGUUGCAGUUGUAA